AUGGAAGGGAAUUAUGGAUGCUACAGUGAUAAGACGAGAGUGUUGGAUAUCAAACCAUUGCGCACUCUAAAACCUGUUUUCCCCAGUGGAAAUCAAGCUCCACCUUUUGUUUGUGCACCUCCUUUCGGACCUUUCCCUUCUGGAUUCUCGCCGUUUUAUCCGUUUAGCUCGUCUCAAGUGAAUCAACAAGCACCAGAUCUCAAUCAAUCCCAGCAUCCACCUCAACAUCAGCCUCAAUAUACACCUCAACACCAGCCUCAGAAUCCGCCUCAAAAUGCACCGAAACCUUCGGUUGUUACUCCUCUGAAGUCAUUUGGAUCUACUGAUAAUACGUCUAAUGAUGAUGUGGAACCUGAGGGUUCAACUUUGAAAAGAAAGACCCCUAAAAAGCGUCGUCCUGAGAAUGCGAAUUUUGAGAGUGGGAUUAGUGUGGCUGGAAAAGAGAAUGGAUAUAGGGAGUUGGUGAUGGAUGUUCUUAUGCGGUUUGAUGCGCUAAGAAGAAGGUUUGCGCAACUGGAGGAUGCAAAGGAAGCAAGUAGCGGGAUUAUCAAACGACCUGAUCUGAAAGCAGGAUCUAAUUGUAUGAGCAGCGGUGUUCGGACAAACACCAAGAAAAGACACGGUAUUGUUCCUGGUGUUGAGAUUGGGGAUAUAUACUUCUUCAGGUUUGAGAUGUGUUUAGUGGGGUUACAUUCUCCAUCAAUGGCUGGCAUUGACUAUUUGGUUGUCAAGGGAGAAGCUGAAGAAGAACCUAUCGCCACUAGCAUUGUGUCAUCUGGAUUAUAUGAUAAUAAUGACGGAGAUAAUCCCGAUGUUUUGAUUUAUACUGGUCAGGGUGGUGGUAAUGCUGAGAAGGAUAAGCAAUCAUCUGACCAAAAGCUUGAAAGGGGUAAUCUUGCGUUGGAAAAGAGCAUGAAAAGGAAUAGUGCGGUUAGGGUAAUAAGGGGAUUGAGAGAGAAUUCUCAUAGUGUGAAGAUCUAUGUUUAUGAUGGACUCUAUGAUAUCAAAGAGUCAUGGGUAGAAAAAGGAAAAUCUGGACACAACACCUUCAAGUAUAAACUAGUGAGAGUUCCUGGUCAGCCUCCUGCAUUUGCUACAUGGACUGCGAUCAAGAAGUGGAAGGCGGGUUUGCCUUCAAGGCAAGGACUCAUUCUUCCCGAUAUCACAGCCGGGGUUGAAAGCAUAGCUGUUUCACUUGUGAAUGAGGUUGAUGCCGACAAUGGGCCUGCUUAUUUCACUUACUCCACAACGGUGAAAUAUUCAGAGUCGUUUAGGUUGACACAGCCUUCUAUUGGAUGCGAUUGUGGUAACACAUGCAAACCAGGGAACUUGAACUGUCACUGCAUAAAGAAAAAUGGAGGUGAUUUCCCCUACAUUGGUAAUGGAGUUCUAGUUAGCCGCAAGCCUAUGAUAUAUGAAUGCAGCCCAUCUUGCCCUUGCUCAACUUGCAAAAGCAAGGUGACUCAAAUUGGACUAAAAGUGAGGCUGGAAAUUUUCAAGACAGCGAAUAGAGGAUGGGGCUUGCGCUCAUGGGAUCCUAUUCGUGCUGGUUCGUUUAUAUGCAUAUAUGCAGGUGAGGCUAAAGACAAAUCAAAGGUGCAGCAAACUAUGGCUAAUGAUGAUUAUACCUUUGAUACAACCCGUGUCUCUACCCCUUUCAAGUGGAACUAUGAGCCUGGCUUAGCAGAAGAAGAUGCUUCUGUGGAGAUGUCUGAAGAACCUGAUCUCCCGUUGCCUCUUAUAAUCAGUGCUAAGAACGUUGGAAACGUUGCCCGAUUCAUGAAUCACACCUGCUCUCCAAAUGUUUUUUGGCAGCCAGUUACUUAUGAAAGUAACAGUCAACUCGUCUUGCAUGUUGCCUUCUUUGCCAUUUCUCACAUACCUCCCAUGACUGAGUUAACAUACGACUAUGGAGUUUCUCGACCAAGCGGAACUCAAAAUGGUAAUCCUUUAUAUGGUAAAAAGAAGUGCUUUUGCGGAUCACAGUAUUGUCGUGGCUCAUUUGGUUAA